UUUUAUCUUUGAGGUACUUAGUAGCUUUUAAAAAUUUAUCUGUCUCUCUCUCUUACAGCUUGUAUUUUCUUUUUGUAUUUUUGUAUUUUUUUCGUAUUUCAACUUUUUCUCUUUUGUAUUUUUUAAUUUGUUUUACAACUUAUUUUUACAAUUUGUACUUUUAAUCCAACUUGUUUUACAACUUGUUCUUAUUGAAUGUUUUUCUGAUGUUUUUCUUAUGUUUUUUCAACUUGUUUUGCAACUUGUUUUUCGGCAUGUUUUACAACUUGUUUUUAAUUCAACUUGUUGCUUGUUUUUAUCAAAUGUUUUUUCAACUUGUUUUACAACUCUCUUUUAUUUGUUUUAAAAACUUUCUUUCCAACAUGUUUUACAAUUUGUAUUUUCUUUUGUUUUUUUUUCUGUAG